ACUGUCUGAGUUUAUAUGUAUAUUGUGGGAAUAAGACGAAGAGAGACGGAAGGAGGGAGGGGCAGAAGGAGAGGAAAAGAGCUGUACUGCAUUGCCAGAGAGAGAGAGCGAGAGAGAGAGAAUAGAGACAUACUAGACACAUUUAUCUCACCGUCAGAAGACAGAGAGGAUGUUUCCAGUUGACAGAAUAGGUCAACAUUUCUGCUAAAUGUGUUAUACUUCAAUCACUUGGAGAGUUGGGAUAUUAAUGGCAUUGAAGUAACUAGUACUUGCUUGUCAUUAUUUCAAACGAUGUCAAGUCUUUCCUUCCACACCUCCCUCUCAGACACGUUGAUUUACUGACUGACUAACCGGGGAUGCUCCAGCAUCGCGACGCUGCACUCUAUCUGUGUCUCUCUGUGUGUGUGCCAGUGGGUUUGACGGAGGUAAGGAGAGAGAGGGAGCGGGGGAGACAAAGGCAGAGCAAGAGGAGAGAGCGAAAGGGAGCAAGAGAGUGAGAGAGAGGGAGAGACGUGCACACACACACACACACACACACACAUACGGAACGAGACGGGAGGAGAGAAGAGGAGUGGAGAGAAUGCCUGGCGAAAGGGUGGCGCUUCCUCGCUUGCUGCUUCCAGGGCCUCUGUGAGAGACAGACACCAUGGGCUGCAUCGGCUCCCGGACCAUCACAGCGGACGCUGUUCCUGUACGGAAAGAUGGGGAGCAGCAUGGGCGUGCCGAGUUUUCCUGGGAAGGAAUCAAUCUCUCUAUGGAGGACACUUCCUCCAUCCUGCCUCGUCUGAAGAGGAACUCCAACGCCUACGGGAUCGGUGCUCUGGCUAAGUCCUCACUGACAGGUGUGUCAGGCGUGUCCCGUUCCAUGAAGGAUAAAGUAACUAAGCCCACUGCCAUGGCCUCGGGCAAAGUAGCUCACAUGAUCGAAUGGCAGAGCUGGAACACACCAUCCACUGGGACUGAAGGGGCUGUGGUCACCAAAAUCCCAACCUCGCAACGUGAGAAGGAGAGGCGGAUAGAGAGCGAAAUGUACAGUGAACUCAGUGAAGGAGAAAAGGAGGCCCGCUUCACUGCAGGAUUAAUGGCACAAUUUGCCUUAUCGGAGGCUACUUUGCUGGGCUGGAGAUCUAUGGAGGAAGAUGGCCUUUGUGCUGGCUCCAAACAAGGCAGCGUGGCCCACCUCAGUGAGACCAACCAGGAGAGCAUCACCAGCAGAGACCAGGCGAUGCAUCACUCCUCAGCCGACGUAUGGCCCAACACCUACGUAGCCCAGGGCCUCUACUGCCUUUCCUCCUCCGACGCCUGGGAGCCAAUUAGCAACGAUCCCUCGGGCGUGGCCUCGCCGGCCGCCUACGUCAUGGCAGGUGGGGGAGGAGGGACACCCGGUGAGGGCUACGGUGAUGUGGACAAUGUGGGGGGCUACAUCCAGCAGCAGCAGCAGCCCCAACAGCUCACCCUGCAGCAGCAGAGCCAGCUGCAGCUCCAGCAGUUGCAGCAGAUCCAGUUGUACCAGCACCAGCAGCUAAUGCUCUACCAACAGCAACAGGCAAUGGAACACAGACUACACAGUGCAAACCACUCCCUCCAAGCCACACCCAACAGCACCAUUCACAGUCUAGGCCUGCCCACUCAUCCUCGCCUGGCUGACCUGUGGGGCUCUGCGCAGGUGGAGAUUGUGGGACACACGAGCGGGCCAAUGGCUGACAUGGUUGUUGGUGUGGUCGAGACCUUGGGGGAGGAGCCAGAGGAGGAGAGCGAAUGCAUUUCAGAGCAACAGGAAGAGGAGGAGACUAAGGACGAUGAGGUUACGUUAACCUUAGAACCAACUUUGACCCCGUCCCCGCUUAGAGAAGACGCCACCCCGAUUGGAGGCACCGGUCCACAACUAGCACGCCCAGAACCAAUGGCAGAACGCAUACCCUUUGUGGUCACACCCUGCAUUGUCCAAUCGUUGGAGGAGAAGGGCGAAGAGGUGGCCAAGGGGUCUAUUGUUGCCGUGGCGACCAAUUGAGGGGGAUAGUCAGAAAGAGUGACAAACAGGAUAUACUUAUCCAUAAUCCACCAAUCAAGCUAUUCUACUCCACAUCCAGCUAUUUACCCACUCUGGGACUGAGAAAAAACAAAAAUACUUUUCCUGGAGGAGAAAGUAUUGGAUAAGACAAUGAUAAAAGGGAACUUUAAAGACAAAUCUGUCGUUUUGCAGAAACGUGAGGACUUGUUUUGCCGUAAUAUUGAACUAAUGAAUUAAAAUUGAAAGAAUGGAGUAUAGAGAAAGAAAAAGGACGCUUUGAAAAGAUCAGUGCAUUACAGAGAA